UAGGAACCAACGCGUGAGAGGGGAAAAAAAAGCUGAAGAAAAACACUAGCCCAAGCAUGCGACAAGGCCUGGGUUCGAUGCCCAGUUUAAAAAAAAAAAAAAAAAAAAACAGAAGCAAAGAUGUCAGUGCUGCAAAGAUGUCUUAUCCGAAAGUAAAUUUCGGUUAUCUAUACCUUCCAAAUCCGGGAGAGUGUUUUGUUGUGGUUGUUUUUUAAGAGUUCUACGCAUCUGCGGAGACCUAGCUACCCUCAGAUGAAAGAAAAUCGCGCGACAGCUAGCGGGUUUUGGAUCAGAGCGUAAACGCUGAUAGAAGCCUCGAAGACCAAUCACCGCGACGUGGAGGCAGGAACCCUGGGGGUUAGAGGUUGGACGGAAGUUCCCGAGGCUUCCGGUAGUUUGCUUGGAAGGAGUUAUGGCCAAACAUCAUCCGGAUUUGAUCUUCUGCCGCAAACAAGCGGGUGUUGCCAUCGGGAGACUGUGUGAAAAAUGUGACGGCAAAUGUGUGAUCUGUGACUCCUAUGUGCGCCCCUGCACUCUGGUGCGAAUAUGUGAUGAAUGUAACUAUGGUUCUUACCAGGGGCGCUGUGUGAUCUGUGGAGGCCCAGGAGUCUCUGAUGCCUAUUAUUGUAAAGAAUGCACCAUCCAGGAGAAGGAUAGAGAUGGUUGCCCAAAGAUUGUCAAUUUGGGGAGCUCUAAGACAGAUCUCUUCUAUGAACGCAAAAAAUAUGGCUUUAAAAAGAGGUGAUCAGUGGGUGCCCCUGCCUCCCCCAUCAAGCUGCUGCAGCUGCCAAGAAAGACGCCUACUAUCACCAGCAGAAAGGGAGCAGAGCCCAGCAUGUCACCAAAACCACCUGCUAGUGUGUUGGCCCCUUGCCACCCUUUCCUCCCCUCRCCCAGACAAGGGUGGGGGUGGAAAAGGAUUCUUCAUAGUGCACUGACAGACAGUCCAAGAAAAACUAAUCGGUUAUUUAAUGGUUUUUCUUGAAUUUGAGAAGCAAGACUCUGUUCUCUAAAUUGAUUUGUCUUCUCUACACCAAGAGCUGAACAGGAAUAUCCUUGCAGUCAGCUGUCAGAGGAGCUGACUAUGAAUCUACCCCCCAGUAAAAAGCUUGUUCUUGCAGCAGCUCUGAUGGCAGUUGUCCUGAUGACCCUUCACUGUGUGGCAGUGAGCUAUCAGAACAAUAAAUGUGAUGUGAGCAUUUAAUCUUGUAACGCUUACCAGGUGGUGCUGGUUUCAUGUUAGUUUUCGUCUGAGAAAUUGGAAACCCUUUCUGCCGAUGUUGUUAAUAAAGUCAGUGUUUAUUUUCUGGUAGU